GCUAAGUUGGCAAUACUGCUCCAGGGACUCCAUUCCAUUUCCGGCACAAAAAAMAACAACUUCUCAAUGUCUAUCAGGAAUCACCAAAGAUAAAUUGUAUAAAAAGGCGGGAUUUAUAACUUUGUGGCUGUGGUAACUAGUGACAACCCUACUCCUAGCUUAGUUGACAGAGAUGGCGGCAUCACUCUGUUCGUCCUCCCUCUAACCGCUCGACUCAUGUCCCCCGCUUCUUCCCUCAGCGCUCUAAUCCUACGUAUUCCUCUAGCAGAAAACGGUGCAGCGUCUCAAACUGCCUUCGUAUAUGUGUGGUAUUUAGCUCAUGUUUAACCAUUGACUAGGUUUUAACGCGGGCGUUGUUAGCUAAUUAACUACCUUGCUUCGUUCCGUCUUCACCUACAAAUCAAGCACGCCUUUACUGUGGCCAAUCAGAAACGAUGGCAUCGUAGCGGCAAUUUUAAUCGUUUUCCAUCCACUGUCAUUUUAACCAUCCAGCAACACAGCAGCACCUUAAAAUCUGUAUAGUGUCCAGCAAAGGACAAUUUACAAUGUAAAAGUGUAUACUUUUGAAUUGUAAUUAAUGAAGUGAAAUGAUGAAUUGGCAAGUAGCUAGCUAGCUAACGUUAGAUAAGUGAAUUCAGUGCGGUCGCUCAUGAGGAGAGUUAACGUUAGCUGGGUGACAACGCCGGCAAUCUGACUGCUUUCAUGCUAGCUAGCUGUUACUGUAACUGCACAGAUUGAUAUCUUUGGAAACAUCGGUUCUAGCUAGCUAGCGUCCUUAUUUCAUGAAGCAUAUCCAUUGAAGAUGGAAAAGGAUGUUUCCAGCGUAAGCAAACAUAAUGCCACCAAGACAGAUCUGAGUUUGUUGCUGGAGUGUCUGAAGUACCAGAUGAGAUGUCCUGAUUCACAGAAACAAGCUCUUCUUACCAUCUACUCUAUCUGUCAACAGAGAGAGGAGAAUGUGAACUUCUUCAGAGAGAUUGGAGGGGUGGUGUUUGUGUACAACCUCUCCAAAUCUAGUGCUCACGCAGAGGUCAGGGAGACUGCUCUCUUCAUACUGGGAACGCUGGCAGAGGCAAAUGUGUACUGUAAGCAGGCCUUGUGUAGGAGGGAGCUGUUCAGUGAUCUGACAGAUGGUCUGAUGCAGCAGGACAGCCCACUGACCCAGAGGAGAGUAGCUGUCUACCUGAUCUCUGUCCUCGUCGCCAACAACAGGUCUGGACAGAUUUUCGCUCAGACCACUGGCUGUCUGGACAUCCUGCUAGACUUGUUCAGGACUAGUUUCCCUCUCUCUGGCAAGGCCACAGUGAAACCUGCGAACAUCACUCAGCUGUUCCAACUCUGGACCUCUGUGUCUAGUGCUCUCUGUGGCUGUGUCAACAACCCUCAGAAUGAGGAGAGCCAGCGUAUCUGUGUGUCAGCCUUCCCCCUGGUCAAGUCCUGGCUGCAGCAGCUCUCUCACCCCCAGGCAGAGAUGGUUCAGCCCAUCUGCUCCUUCAUAGCCAUGACGGUCGCCAACAACCAUUGUGCUCAGGAGAGUUUUUCCAUAGUUGGCGGGCUCGGAACUCUGACCCAAACUCUGAUUCGCUUUGCCUCUGAUGCCUCCCACAGCCCAUUGGCCUGUCAGCUGUCUGUCAUCAUGACCAAAACCGUGUCAGCCUGCAUCACUGACAACCCUGUGUUGGUGUCAGGUCUGGCAGGUUAUGGUUUGGUUCCCCCGCUCAUCUCCCUGCUGUCCAGCCCCAUCCUGGAUCCCCAAGCCAGGCUAAUUAUCAUACUCACCCUGGGACACUGCACUGAGGCCUCUGAGGAGCACCAGUCUCAGUUGUUACAGUGUGGAGGGCUGUCCCUCAUCAUCACUCUACUGACUGAGUCUACCAGCGAAGAGCUCAGGAAGGCUGCUACCUUCAUACUGCAGACCUGCAAACAGGCUACUGUGUCUCUGCGUGGUGCAGUCCAGGGGAUGUCCCUGGGUCAGACUGGGGACCUGGAGCCCCCUGUGGACAUGGAGCGGUACUGGAGGUCAGCACGAGACAUGCUGCACAGGAUCAACCAGCUGGAGAGACAACAGGCUCAGGGAGCUGAGGAGGACACACCGAACCCCCCAGACCAACAGAACCCUGCAGGAUUGGGGAGGAAGGAGCUACUCUCACCCAUACCUCUCCCCCCAACACCUCACCACACCUCUUUACCAUACCAGGAGAGGAGAGGAGGAGGAGAGAAGAGGUGUGAGGAGAGUUGGAGAGGAGUAGAGCGGAGGGACCAACAAAGAAGAUAUGGAAAGGGAGGAGAGAAAGGAGAGGAGAGGGMAAUGGAUGGCGAGAGAGAGACCCCUGUCCUGCCUGUCUUAGCGAGGAGGGGUAGAGAUGGAGAGAGAGUGAAGCGAGACCAGAGAGAGGAGAAUCAACCCACAAACAGAGGGCAUGACCUAACGCGUGUAAGGAGACUGGUAUUCCAAGCCAGUGAGGAGCCGCAGAAACACAGCCGCAGCAGCAGAGAGCGAGAGAAGAAGACCCGCACACACUCUCUCACACAUCAAGAGCGGGAGAGCGACAGGGCAGCAUACAGAAACACACAGGCAGAACAGGAAAGACACACCACGCUGCACGUGCACACACUUGGAAACACACAAAGAGAGAAGAAAAGGGACAGGGGCUCGGCAGCUAUGAGAAACACUUAUCCUCUCUACAUGAACACACUGGCAGAGAAAGGCAAAACCACACAGACCGAGAACCGCCGAGACGAGCACCCUGGGAGGAGACGGCAGACUGUGUCAGCCGUGGGCCAUGCUGGACUUGGUACAGCUGGUGUCCCGGGGCAGCCCAGUGGUGGAGAGGAUGAGAGGUGUUCUGUAUGUCUGGGGACAGGAACGCUGGUCACCUCCUCUUCCUCCAGGCCACUAGAGGGACACUCCCAGACACACACACACAGCCAAGUGUUCAAGUGCCCAGCUCCAGGCAAGCCAGGUUUGGGCAGGCAGAAGAAACUGUUGGACGAUGAAGAUGCCCUCUCUGUGUGUUCUGAGCUGCUGGACAGUGAGAUCCGUAAAAUAAUGGAGACUCCAGCCAGCACAUAUAAACCACCUAUAGGUGCUCAGGCUGUAGGUUGCGGUUCAGUGAGGUGACCAGCCGGUCAUUCCCUGUCCUCCAGAGGUCCUGUCCUCACAGCUGUGA